AAAAAACGAUGUCGAAUCACCUUGAAGUUCCCGGCGAGCCGACUCAAAUCGCCACUUCUCUCGUCGAGACCGCCACAGGCGCCGUCCAAAGCUUCCACCCAAUCAAAUCAAUCCAUCAACAUCUCUGCGCAUUUCAUUUCUAUGGCUACGACAUGACCCGUCAAGUCGAGUCGCACCAUUACUGCGCGCAUCAAAACGAAGAAAUGCGACAGUGUCUGAUCUACGACAGCCCCGGAGCAGACGCGAAGCUGAUCGGAUUAGAGUACAUGAUAUCGGAGAAUCUGUUCUUGACGUUGCCGGACGAAGAGAAGCCGCUCUGGCAUUCGCACGAGUACGAAGUGAAGAGCGGGGUGCUGUUUCUGCCGGGAGUCCCUGGGCCAAUCGAGCGACACGGCCUUGACAAGGUUUGCAAGACUUAUGGUAAGACCAUCCAUUUCUGGCAGGUUGAUAAAGGUGAUAAUCUCCCUCUUGGGUUACCCCAGUUGAUGAUGGCUCUCACUCGAGAUGGUCAGCUCUACGACGAACUCGCCAAAGAUGUGGAGAAUCGAUUUGGAGUUUCGUUCGAGAAAGAGAGGGCGAAGCGAAUCGAGUUAGAGGGUCCGGAUCAUGGGAUUCAUCCACUGGCGAAUGGUGGUGGGAAAGGGCUCAUACCUAAACUCAGGGAGGUUGAUUGCAAGCCUGUUGAUUCGGUUCCUCGAGUCUUCGUUUAAAUAUCAUUACAAGUUCCAAAAACCCUAGCUGUUGCUG